AUGGAUUUGAAUGGUGGAUUCAGUAACAAUUAUUUCAAGUUGGCCACUACAGGUUUCUAUUCGAAGGGCGAACUUGUUUUCUUCCAAAAGAUUAAAUGGGUAAAGUGUAGCAAGGGCGGGCGGGCUCAGAACAUAGCCCCAGGUCGUAUACGCAGUCUACAAAGAACACGUAACAAGAAAGACAAGGACGAUGAGGAUGAUGGUGAGGACAACCGGCGGCCAUCAGACUCUAAUUUUCUUUCACUUAUACUGCUAAUACUUUCAUUUUCUUUCACUUACACUGCUAAUAGUAGAAAUGAAACUGAGCCAUUUCAUCUUGGUUUCUGGAUUAAUUACUUUCGGGGCUUACUCUUCUCUUCCUAUCUUUGCCAGGAAAAAAGUGCAAGAACAGAGCAGGUUGCCCGUGAGGGUUUAAAUUUUACUGAAGAAAUAUUGAGUGCUACCUCAUUUUCCCGGCAGUUAGCAGAGCAAAUGACACUUGCCAAGGCCUAUGUCAUCAUUGCCAAAGAGCACAAUAACCUUCACCUUGCUUGGGAGCUCAGCAAGAAGAUCAGAAGUUGCCAGCUUUUGCUUUCGAAAGCUGCUAUGAGAGGAGAGCCUAUUACACUAGAUGAAGCAGAGCCAAUUAUAAGUAGCUUAUCAUCCCUCAUCUUUAAAGCGCAAGAUGUGCAUUAUGACAUUGCAACUACAAUAAUGACAAUGAGAUCUCAUAUUCAAGCCCUUGAAGAGCGUGCAAAUGCAGCAACAGUUCAGAGUACAUUGUUUGGGCAAUUGGCAGCUGAAUCACUACCAAAGAGUCUCCACUGCCUAAAAGUCAAGCUCACAGUUGAUUGGCUUAAAAGCAUGCCCCUUCAAGAUCUUGCUGCUGAGAGAAAGAAUUCUAUGCGACUUGUGGACAAUAAUCUCUAUCAUUUUUGCAUUUUUUCAGAUAAUGUGCUGGCUACCUCCGUGGUUGUCAAUUCUACUGUCGUCAAUGCUGAUCAUCCAAAACAGAUGGUCUUCCACAUUGUCACCAAUGGAGUCACCUAUGGAGCUAUGCAGGCUUGGCUCCUCAGUAACGACUUCAAAGGUUCCACUAUAGAAGUGCAGAAUAUAGAAGAGUUCUCAUGGUUGAACGCUUCAUAUGCUCCCAUUGUGAAACAGCUCUUUGAUGCAGAAUCACGGGCCUAUUAUUUUGGUGAGUAUCAAGACAUGAGGGUUGAGCCAAAAUUGCGGAAUCCAAAGUACCUGUCUUUGCUAAAUCACCUUCGCUUUUACAUUCCAGAGAUCUAUCCUCAAUUGGAAAAAAUAGUUUUUCUCGAUGAUGAUGUUGUUGUUCAGAAGGAUCUGACACCACUCUUCUCAUUGGAUUUACAUGGAAAUGUGAAUGGUGCAGUCGAAACUUGUCUUGAAGCAUAUCAUCGUUAUUACAAGUAUCUCAAUUUCUCAAAUCCAAUAAUUGGCUCAAAGUUUGAUCCGCAGGCAUGUGGAUGGGCUUUUGGUAUGAAUGUAUUUGAUCUGAUUGCUUGGAGGAAAGCAAAUGUGACUGCACGGUAUCAUUACUGGCAGCAGCAGAAUGCUGAUCGGACACUGUGGAAGCUGGGAACUCUGCCUCCUGCUCUUCUAGCUUUUUAUGGACUCACAGAGCCACUCGAUCGGAGAUGGCAUGUUUUAGGAUUGGGUUAUGAUAUGAACAUUGACAAUCGUCUGAUUGAGAGUGCAGCUGUUAUUCACUUCAAUGGAAACAUGAAGCCAUGGCUGAGAUUGGCCAUUAGCAGGUAUAAGCCUCUAUGGGAACGGUAUAUAAAUCAAAGCCACCCGUAUGUCGAUGAUUGUGUCACAAGUUAAAAUCUGCUUCUUCUUGAUCAUCAGUAAUUUAAUGGAUCUUCAAUAUUUUAAAUCCUCUACCAGUGAUCGCAUUGUUGUAGAGUCUAAAGUAGAAAAUUUUGACUUUUUAGGAGCUUUUUUUCAUUUUUCCUUUUCUUACCAUAGUAUCGAAAAAGAAAACAAAUUUCAUAUACAUUAGAAAGUUUAAAGGUACUAGGUGAAGAGUUGUGGGGGAUUCAUUUUUGGCUGAUGGGUUUUCUUUUUCCCUUUCUGCAAGCUGUAGAAUUAUUUGUUCUUUAGCAAUUCUUGUAAUAAUUUCUCAGCUCUUUCGGAUUAUAACAUAGUUGAACCGGAAUAUUCUCUUUUUCUCUUCUUCUUCUUGCUUUUGUAACUUAAAACAGCAUCCAGAUAAUCUGGCCAUCAUUGUGUAUUUGUGAGAUAAUAUUUGAAAUUAAUUCUU